GAUACGGAGGUUUUAAUGAUUACACACACACACACACACCCCUCUCUUCUAAUCCUAGUAAAAGUGCUCUAGUUUGUUACUGUUGGCAGAGUGGAGAGAACGUUCGUGCGCCUAAUUCUCAGCCCCCUGUCCGCACAAUAUAUCUCUUUUUAUCUCUUCUAGUCUUUCCCAAAAACCCACCCUUUAAUUUCCUUAACUCUCUACCACUCUGUGUUGUGUGUGUGUUUUUGUUACUGUCUACAGUCUUUCCUUCUCCGUGUUUAUAACAGAAAGUUAUGGGUCUGGUCUCUUUUUAACUUUUUUCUCAGCUUGGAAAGUCUAAGGUGUUAACUCUCUCUCUCUCUCUCUCUCUCUCUGUAAGAGUUCUUGAAAUCUUUUGCCCUACUGUUCUUUUUCUUUUGUUAUAGGGUCUAAAAAUCAUCCAAGUUUCCAGCAUUAAUCCUUUGUGUUGAUGAUCACCGUUUCCAAGUGAACAAUGAGUACCUAAGAAUCACUGUUUCGUAUCAUGAUUUUGCUGGCCUCUCCCACAUGGGAUUUCGGUUUAUCCACAUACAGACACACACAAACACACAUGGCUGUGUGUUUCAUCGAGAAUGACAAUUGCUCUCUGAAUUGCAAAUUGAUAUAGGGGGUGGGGGUGGGGGGGCCUGUUCAUAUACCCUCUGCAAGAACUGUUAGGAGUUAGUAGUGAUGGAUGAGCUAUACAGGUUUCAGUAUUCCUCUAUCUCAUGCCCUGUUGACAGUAAUUUUCUUGGAGAUGGCAGCAGCAGUAGCGGUAUUAUUGCUGGCCUCAGCGAUCACCACAAUCUGGUCUUAACAGCGCCACGAGCUGCUGAAACUCAUGAAGAAGCUACAGCGUUGGAGAUGUCAGAUAUAAUCAAAGCCCAGAUUGCUAGUCACCCUCUUUAUCCCACCUUACUUUCUGCCUACAUUGAGUGCAGAAAGGUGGGAGCACCACCAGAAAUGGCUUCACUUCUUGAAGAAAUCAGCAAAGAAACCCACCCCAUGCCUACCUGCACUCACAUUGGAAUAGAUCCUGAACUUGAUGACUUUAUGAAAUCAUACUGUGAGGUUCUACACAAAUACAAGGAGGAGCUCUCAAAGCCUUUUGAUGAGGCCACAAGUUUCUUGAGCAGCAUAGAGUCUCAGCUCAGUGAUCUCUGCAAGGAAACCCUACCAUCACCAUCACCAACCUCUUAUUCUUCUUAUCAUUCUGCUGAUGACGGUGGUGGUCCUUCCGAUGAGGAUCCGAGUUGUGGAGAACUAGAAGCACUUGGAAGCCAAGAAUCUACAGGUAACCGUCAAGGUGAUCACGAGCUAAAAGAAAUGCUUAUGCGCAAAUACAGUGGCUACCUCAGCAGUCUGAGAAAGGAGUUCUUGCAGAAAAGGAAAAAGGGUAAGCUACCCAAGGAUGCAAGAACUGCCUUGCUGGAAUGGUGGAACACACACUACAGGUGGCCAUAUCCCACGGAAGAAGAGAAAAAUUGGCUGUCAGAAAAAACUGGAUUAGACCAGAAGCAGAUCAACAACUGGUUCAUUAACCAGAGGAAACGACACUGGCGACCAUCUGAAGAUAUGAGAUUCGCUCUUAUGGAGGGUGUAAGUGGCGGUGCUAACGCAGGAUCCGUCUACUUUGAUGCAGGGGGAGGAACCGGAGGGGUUGGCACUUGAACGCAUAACCCGUUGUAAGCAUUCCAUUUUUCUGCGAACGCCGGCUGGCUAGCUAGUAGUAGGUGCUGCUGCUUGAGUAUAUCUUAGCAAACUCAACUGCAUGAUGUGCAUGCUUGUUUUCCUUGACUUGCAUGAAAAACUGGCUUCCAUCUUUCAGUGCAUAACAAGCGCAUAGCUUGUUUGAUUAUCCAAUUCAUGAAAAAUAGAAUGAAUUUAUGUAA